GGCCAUCCGGUCGUGCCGAGAUCGUGGGGGAGAAGCGACAUGAGGCACGGUCACGAAGUGGGCAAAUUAUUGGGUCUGGUCACCUGACUGACGUGUGGACAGCCAAUUCAGAGACGCCACCUCACUCACUCACUCGGAUGCACUGAGCCCCCAUAUUUUUUGAUUGACGUGGCGUGUUUUUAUUGGUGUCCGGACAUCGGACACAAUAAUUUGCCCACGGCCUAGGAUGGCAGACAUGAGACAGAUCUUGGCGGAGGCAAAAAGCCGUUGGCUUCGUCCGACUGAGAUUUCCACUAUCCUUCGGAAUUACCGUAGGUUCAACAUUACUCCAGAUCCACCAAAUUUGCCUCCGGGUGGUUCUUUAUUUAUAUUUGAUCGAAAGGCACUCCGUUAUUUUCGUAAAGAUGGCCAUCAGUGGAAGAAAAAGAAAGAUGGUAAAACCGUUCGUGAAGCACAUGAAAAAUUAAAGGCUGGCAGUAUAGAUAUUCUUCAUUGCUAUUAUGCUCAUGGAGAAGAUGAUGACAACUUUCAAAGAAGAUGCUACUGGCUGCUUGAUGGGCAGUUGGAGCACAUUGUUCUUGUCCAUUAUAGAGAUGUAAAAGAGGAAACUAGUUCUAGCGACCCUCAGUUAUUAAGCAAAGGCCCGACAAGUCAAGGUGCUGAAACUAGUUCAGUAGCUGAUUCUGCACAUAUCAAUGCUUCUACUUUUGUCAACCCAUCAUCAUAUGCACCAAUCACCACUAAUGUAAACUGGAGCAUGCCAAUAGCAUCUUCUGAAUUUGAAGGUGUAGAUUUAGGCAAUGAUUUGACUGGUGUUCCAUUUGUUAAGUCUGUACCGGGUUCAGGGCUCCAAGUUGCAUCAUUACCUGGAAAUAGCAUAACAGGACCCAUUUCGGCACUUACAGGCUCUAGUUUACCUCCUUACACAGCCGGUUCAAUGAAUACUGAACGCUUGAACAGAUCAAUUAAUCAUUUUUUCUUGAAUCAAGUUACAUCACUAAACCUUAUUCCCGAUGAAGGACAAAAUGUUCAGGGAACUUCCCAUGCAGCUGGUUCAUUUGGUUUUCAGUUCAACGAUGAGAAUUCCCCGUCAACAAGGUCUGGGUCUCAUAGUUUAAAACAAAAGCUAACUGAUACUGCGGAACAGAAUUUUUCGUUACAGCAGUUGAGUUGUACUGAUGCUCUAAGCACAAGAUCAAGAGAUUCUAUUGCACAGAAUGAGGAGAGAAUUAAGUUUAGCUUGCAUGAUGAUUUUAAUGUCCUGCCUGAGCCAUAUUCUCAACCUCUAACUGUAGAUGAUAUUAUUCAGGUUGAAGAGGAAAAUGCUGGAGUUGCUGAUCAUUCUGUGGAAGAUUGCGUGAGUAACGAUUCUGUUCAAAGAUAUGAAAUAUUCCAUGACAAUCAAUUAGAUUUAGCACCUCCAUCUGAUUUGAAUGAACAAGAAGAAAAAGUUCCUACUGUUUUUAAGAAUUCUUUAGGAAUGGAUAUAUAUGAUAAUGAUCCUGGAGGCAGCUUUGAAAGAUGGAUGGAUAAGGAACUAGGCAAUGACUGUAGUGAUAUUCUUAUGGCUUCAGAUUCAUGUUCUAACUGGAAUGCUAUUGAUACUCAAAAUGAUAAGGUAUUUUCCGGUUUGUCUCGGCAUAUUCAGCUGGAUGUUGAUUCAGUGACUCCUUUGCUUUCACAGGAGCAGCUCUUUAGCAUUGAUGACUUCUCUCCUGAUUGGGCUUAUUCUGGGGAUGAAACCAAGGUUCUAAUCUCAGGUGUGUUUCUUGGUGGAGUACAACCUAGUAGUAUAAAGUGGUGUUGCAUGUUUGGGGAAGUUGAGGUUUCAGCUCAGGUGUUGACAACAAAUGCCAUCCGUUGUCAAGCCCCUCCACACAGUCCUGGACGAGUGCCAUUUUACAUUACCUGCAGCAAUAGAUUAGCAUGCAGUGAGGUUAGAGAAUUUGAAUAUAGAGAAAAUCCGACAGGUACAGCAAUAUCAGAAUCUCUCAAGAAUGAAUCAGAAGAUGAAAUGUACCUCCAAAUCCGAUUUGCAAAGAUGUUAUCCCUAGGUUCAGAUAAGAAAAGGCUAUUAUGCUCCACUGAAAAUUGUGCCAAGUGCAUUGUAAAGAAAAGUUUGGCUCAUAUGUUGAUUGAUGAUGAACCUGGGUGGGAAAAGAUUGAAAAGGAGACCAAAACUUGUCAAGGACAUCUGUGGAAUCUCAGGGAUGCGUUGCUUGAGAAGUUACUGAAAGGAAGACUCUAUGAAUGGCUGGUUUGCAAAUUGCAUGAAGAUGGCAAAGGCCCAAAUAUUCUCGAUGAUAAAGGCCAAGGAGCUAUUCAUUUGGCAGCUGCUCUUGGUUAUGAGUGGGCAAUGACUUCAAUCAUUUCUGCUGGUGUAAAUCCAAGUUUUAGGGACGCACGUGGAAGGACUGCGCUUCACUGGGCUGCUUAUUAUGGAAGGGUGGCUAAUUACCUUGCGAUAUGGGCAAUAAUUGGGGUUGUCAGUUUGAUUUGCCUCUUUCGGGCUUUUGGAUUCUGUCAAUUCAAAACCCAUGUAAGUGCUUAUCAGAAUUAUUCAACUACACUUUUCUUCUUGAAGGAAUAUUCUUUAUUCAUAUUUUCCUUAAAGGAUGGGAGUAUUCAAUUAUUGGUUCCUGCC